AUGGCCAUGGAGAACUAUUACCACACUUCAUCGUCUCGGCUAGGGUUGACUAUGGCAUGGAGCGGAAGCGUUGAGUUGACGAAUUUUCCUCUAGCAUAUUUCCACCCUCCCAAACCCUCAUUCGCAUCAAAAUCCUCACACAGAUCAAGUUUCCAAUCCAAAAACUCAUUUCAUCCUUCAUCAAAGAUGAAGCCAUCUUACAUCUUCGCUGUCUUUGCGACAGCCCUUUCUGUCAACGCUUUGUACUUCCCGAAGCGACAGCAUGACACCAAGCCGGCAAAGCCGACCGUUCAGCUCCCCUACCACUUUAUGCAGGGUGAGCCGAUAGAGGUGGGACCGGUCUACAACGAGUACAAGACUGCCACUCCUGCCAUUCCCGCCCCUCAAACACCUGCCCCCACGCCAUUCAAGUCUGAGGAAGAAAAAUCGAACGCCAAUGGCGAAUAUUGGCGAAACAUUUAUGACCAGCGUCUCCGCGUCAUGAUCGAUGCAAACAUACAUAUUCCCUUGACCGUGAAGAUGGACUGGUCAAGCCUGACAUACCGCGACAGGGCUGAAAAGCUCUUAGAGCUUGUUGCUUUCGGUGGCGGUGCUGAUCCCGCCUUGGAGCGCGAUUUAGAGGCCCCGGUAGAGUCCCCCGAGGAACAGGUGCAGUAG